UUACAUUAUUUUCGUUUGUAGUACAAUUUUGUACAUUAUAUUUCCCUUUCAUGCUUUCCCAUUAAAUUUUCGAGUGGAUAUAUUUUGUAGACUGGGUAUUUAUUCACACAGUCAGUGAUAUGUGAAUGCGUUUGUUUUAAGAUGUUACUAAAUAGAUAAGGAAUCCAACGUUGUGCAAGAAUGGGCAAUGGUAUUUAUCUUCCAGUGUAUUCUUUUCCUUUAUUUGAGCUAAUACAGUAGCAAUAGCCCCCAUGUGUAGACCGCAUCCCACUCCAGACGCCCACUUCAGUCCAAACAUGCGGCCCAGUGCCACAGAUCGAUAUCAUGUAACAUUGAAAGAGGAGAAACUCACAAUCAAAGCGGUCGUCAUGGCAACGGCCCAACCGGAUUCCACCAAUCAAUGGGCUUCAUGAGGCUGAGAGAUGCUCAGCGAUGUGCCAAUGUCCUACAUAAAGAGUGUGGGACAGGGAGACUGGGCAGCACACACAGAGAGAGAGGCUGGCGUGAAAAAAAGGCAAGGAAGGACGACAUUAAUCCAGGACGAGAGAUGGUGAACUCCGGAGCAAGCGUUCCUGCCGUGGUCUGUCUGGCCAACCUUUGUGUUGCACUUUGUGUAGGAGCUGCAUUAAAGUCGGAUGUGGUGCUGGAGAACAGUGCUACCACACUGAACCAUUCAAUGGCGCUGGUGCAGCGCAUGGAGGCCCUGCUGACCCAGGGAAACGGCAGCGACGUGAUCCUGCGUGUCCAGACGUUAAACACGGACGAGGUGAAGGUGAUCCAGGUCCAUUCACUGGUGUUGACUCUACAGAGCGACGUGUUUGAUGAGCUCCUACAGACCCGUAACUCCACUGCGAUGGUCCUCAGAGAGUCGCCGGACUGUGCAGCUGUCUUUGACAAGUUCAUUAGGUACUUAUAUUGUGGUGACAUCACGGUGCGUCUGAACCAGGUCAUUCCUCUACACAAGCUCGCCAGCAAGUACCACGUGUGGGACCUCCAGCAGGGCCUCACCCAAUACAUGACCCAGCACCUGUCCAGCGACUCACUCACGGGUCAUGUGGUGAGCUGGUACCAAUACGCCACGCAGAUUGGGGAUGUGACCCUGCAGAACAGCUGCCUGCAGUACCUGUCCUGGAACCUGUCAUCGGUUCUACAGAGCGCCGAAUGGAGCUCAGUGAGCGAAGAACUGCUGCUUACUUUGCUGCAGCGUUCAGACCUGAUUCUGCAGAGUGAACUGGAGCUGUACGAAGCUCUGGAAGCCUGGAUCAACCAGAACCAGCCCUCAGUUGAGACGGCCAAGAGCGCCCUUAACGCAAUACGUUACGCCAUGAUAUCACCUCAACACUUGUUCCACCUACAGAAGAAGUCGUCUGUGAUGUUGAAAUAUUACGAAUCGGUACAUGAUCUGCUCUUCCUAGCCUUCCAGUUCCACGCAGCCUCACCCAUCCAGCUCGCAAAGUACUUUGACGUAAACUGCAGCCUCUUUACGCCACGUAACUACCUGUCGCAAGCAUGGGGCUCCCCGUGGGUGAUCAACAACCCAACGCGGGACGACCGCAGCUUCAGUUUUCAGACUCAACUUGGACCGAGUGGCUACGACGCCAGCAAACGCGUGACCUGGAACGCUCUUUUCUCACCCCGCUGGCUUCCUCUAAGCGUGCGAUCUGCUUAUCCAGAGCAGGGAUCCUUGCAGCCCACUCGUACCGAUGGAGGGCGUCCACGGAUCAUCAUCACACCGGCCACCUCGAGCCCAGACUUUGCUGGCGUCAGCUUUCAAAAGACUGUCAUCGUUUCAGCCCGGAAGCAGGGGAAGGUGGUGGUCCGUCAUGUCUACAACUUCCACCAGAGUACGGAGGAGGCGGGAGACUUCCUGUUGGAAGCGGACCUGCAGCGUAGAGCAUCCGAGUACCUCAUUGACAGCUCGCUUUACCUGCACAUUAUUGUGAAGCCCCUCUAUCACAGCCUCAUAGUAGCGAAAAAGUAAGAGUCUUGUUCCUCUACCGAUGAUUUCUGAUGCCCUAUAGCUUUGAAAGCAAGAUUU